AUGUCAUCAAAUCAAGAACGUGUGUUCGUAACUGGAGCAAGUGGAAAUAUUGGGAGCGAAAUCGUUAAAAGUCUGAUAAAAAAACAAAUCCAUACAACAAUCUAUGUACGAGAUGAACAAAAAGCGAAAGAAUUAUUUAAAAACGACUUAAAUUCUGGUUAUCUCUCAAUUAUUGUCGGCACUUAUACAACACUUGAUGUAUUUACCAAAGCAAUUCAAGGGCAUACACGUUUGUUUCUGCUCUAUGCUGGAAAUUUCAAACCAACAGCAAUGAGUGAAGUGAAAGAAAAAUUUGCGAGAGCUGCUUUUGAGCAAGGCGUUCAUCAAAUUGUCGAUCUUUCAUCAGCUUCUGUUAGUAAUGAAAUAAAGCAAGAAGAAAGUGGUCUUUGGCAUGUGCAUUUGACAUUGACGAACGACGAUGACCCACAGCUGACUGAAUUAACAGCUCAUCUGAGAGAAGAAGUGCGUGGUACACUGGGAUUGGAUAGACUUGGACAAUUAAUGGCUGAAAUGGGUGAAUGGGAUAAAGCAAAAGAUCUGUACCAAGAAAUUCUUAAUUUUAUCAAUCAAGAAGACAGAGCUGGACUUGCGCACAUAUAUCAUAUGUUGGGAUACAUUGAAGCAGGACAAAAGCACUUUGAUAUAGCACUUGAACAUUACGAAAAAUCCGUUAUGAACAGGCUCGGUCAAAAACCUAUAGAUGAUUCGUUGUUGGCCACAACCUAUUCGAACAUUGGCGUUGUCAAUAGGAAUCUUGGUGAUUUCAGUCAAGCACUGGAAUAUUUUCAACGAUCUCUUCAACUUACUUCCAAACACACGAGUCCAAAUAAGAAAGAUUUAGCAACUUUGCACAAUAAUAUUGGUGGUGUUUUUCAAGGAAAAGGCGAACUCGACAAAGCUCUCGAAAACUUUGAAAUAGCGCUGGAACUCUUCCUUCAAUGUCUUCCAUCUACACAUUCCCAUCUUUCAACUAUAUACAACAAUAUUGGCUUUAUUUAUGCGACGAAGAAAAACUAUUCAAAAAGUCUAUUCAACUAUCAAAAAUGUUUAUAUAUAGAGGAACAUUCCCUUCCUUCAAUCCAUCCGUCCAUUGCACACAGUCAUCGUAUGAUAACUGCAGCACUCUUUUAUCUUGGUCAGUACAAUGAUGCACUGCGACAUGCGAAUAAAGCAUUCGAGAUUAGCCGUGCCUCAUUAACAGAAAGUCAUCAACAAACAAGAGAUGAUGAACAAUUCUGUGACUUUCUGAAAUCGUUGGUGGCAUAG